GUAUGAUCGUAAGACCAACAUGGCGGAAAAACAUGCUCUUCACGAAAGUGAUGAGGGUUAUGCCGAAAGUGGGUACGAAAAUGGUGGUUUCAAGCGGCAAAAACUUGCGUCAGGCGAGGCUCAUAGAACGUACCAGGCUGGAGGUGGUGGGAAUCCGCACUAUACGGAUCCCUCGCCAGUCAUUCAUGUGCGUGGGGUUGCUGAUGAAGCCCGCGAACAAGAUUUGAUGCACGCUUUGUCAACAUUUGGUUCAAUCAGGUAUAUUACAACUGAAAGAGGGUCGUUAUUUUCCCUGUUUUUCUCACUCAAGAGGCGAAAUUGAUGUCUGAAAAUACCUGGAUAAAUGUUAAAACAAGGCCUUUUAUAUCCCGCGUCAAACCGAAGGAUCGAUCCUGCGCUCAAUUAAUUAUAGCGAAGUAAAUUUUAUGCUGUCAUUUAAUUACGCUGAAAUUGACCAUCUGGUAAUGUUCGAGCAACUCCUAUAUCUAACAGCCUUUUGUGCACAUACUGGAUUCUUUUCUGUUAUAAAAUCCUGUUUUUCGUCUUAGUUGUGUGACAAUGAUGCCGAAACUGCGACAAGCGUUAGUGGAAUUUGACGUAAGUUACAACAUUUCCUGAUAUAAUUUUAGCUUCGUUUAGGGCCUCUCACUGGCAAAUUUGCCAUGAUAUUGCUCUCAAAACAAGGAUCGUGAUAUUCUGUAUUAUCCAGUAUUCGCCUGCGUGUUUUAUUCACCAUCUAUUAAUAACAACACAGACCAACAUGAUGAGGAUUUCAUUUUUCAUCUUUAAGUUCCCCACCUUCAUUUUCUCUCUUUUUUGUGCGCAAAGCAACUGUAGACACUCGAUAAAGCUCCCGGUAAAAUUUCCGCAUAGCCUAUACUAUUGUUAAACAAAUCUGUUUUUCCAAUGGCAAUGUAUUGCUUUUGUCGUUGUUUUCUCUAUCCAAGAACUGAAUGCAUAAUGUCAUAUGGGGCUGUGUGGAAAUUUUACCAAAGCUCCCUCCACUUUUUUUUUGGUCCGGAUGUUUUUUUUUUUAAUUGUAAGUUGUUGACAUAUAUGCUACCUAUAUCAUUCAUGGUUUUAUUGACAAUUUUUAAUACAGGAUAAGUACAGUGUAAUCCACAUGAAUUUUCUCUGAAGAGAGAAACUCCACCAAGGAUUUUCUUGUUUAGGCAAAAUGUCUAAGAGGAAAUGUUGUAAUUUCAAACAAAACUUAUGUAAAAAUGGUUUCAAACUAGUUAAAUUUUGCAGUUUCCAUUGCUGACAGGUAUUCAUUUUCAUUAUAGGAGGUUUCAUCAGCAAAAUCUCUGAUGGAUUAUACACAGGUAAAUCUUGCUAGAUUAUAUACACCUUAUUUAAUGGUUUGAUAUAAAAUACGCUCAGAUAUUUUGCAAGUUGUGCAAUUUUUUUCCAAGCCCCAAGAGGGGAGGAAAAUUAAGAGCAUCAAGCAAAAUGCACCUCCUUCUUGGUUGGUCAAAGACAAAUGGAUAUAGUGUGGUUCAGGAUUUCUACAGUAUAUUACUCUUUCUCAAAAUUUAAGUUCAAAAGACAGAUAAAAUAUUUUAAUUUUUAGAAGGUUAAAAAAUGCAUUUGAACUAUGAUGAAGUGAAAAAACAACAACAUACAGGUAUUUUGUGAACUAUUGAAAAGUGUUUUGAGCAAAAUGCAGCAAGGAUGCACAAACUAUGGUUGGAUGGUGAUUUUGUUGGAAGUGUGAAAAAAAAAAAUUUCCACUAUUUAAUCUGGUUUUUACCUUUUAGGGUGGACAGACAAUUGUGCUUAGUGGAAGACCUGCUUACUUCAACUUUUCAAAGAGCAAGAGUAUUUCCAAGUAAGAGAAAGAUUAUGUAUUAUAUACUUUAAUAUCAGUAAGCAUAUUCUCCAUACUGUUCUCUAAACGUUUCCCAGAUGCUGAUUAGGAGAAUUUGUUCAACAAUCAAGAGCUUCUUUGUUGGUGAUCAUUUCCUUUAUUCUCAUGACCUUAAUGUAUGGCUUGGGGUGAUAUUGUAAGGAGAAAAUAGAAACUAGUUACUCCAGGGGUCAAAGGCUUAGAAGAUGAACUGGAGUAGACAGGAAACUCUCUGGAUCAAGGUUGUGAUGCACAGACCAAGAGCAGUGAGGUCUGUAUAUCAUGACAAGGAGCCAAAUAUUUCCUGCUGUACAUAACCCAACUAAGACAAUAGCAUUCUAUCAUAGGACCACUGUUUCUCUCUUUCCUUUUCAAACCAAGAUUGACCAGCAUCCAAUUUCCUCUUGCAUUAUCACCAAUGAAUUGCACUGUAAGGUUUCAAGAAUAAAAAAGAGGAGCAGAAAACAUAUUGAGAACAGAAUGGAGAAUAUGCAUACAGAAGUUACAGUGUAUAGGGUUAAGUUGACUUGUGAUUUUAAUUAAUCAUGUGCGCUCUUUUGGGUUGUUUCAAGUUUGAAUCCUUUUUCAAUCUUUUUUGUUACUGUUAGAGAUGUGUGUAACCUUAUGAAACAUCUUUCAAAAUAAAAAUGUAUUGAAAUGUUUCUAAAAGAGUGAAUUUCUGUGCAAAAAAACAUAACUUUGCUAAUUUUUUUCCCCACAGAAACCUGCAUAUACAGCAAGAGCUUCCCCCAAACAGAAUACUUUUGAUCACCAUUAUUAACCCUCAAUAUCCCAUAACAACAGUAAGUGGAGUUUGUGUUGGCAUAUUCUCCUGUUAGAAAUAUUAGUCAUCAGUGCUCUACCUUGAAAUUUUUUCAUCAUUACUCCAGGGACUAGUAGAGCUGAACAUUUGCUAGUUUUCAGAAAUCUUUCAUUGUCUUUGCAUAGUGUUGCAGAAUUUGAAUUUGUGGUUUUUAAAUUUGAUGCAGCUUAAUUAUACGACAGAUAAUAAGUCAAUGAAGAGAACCAGUUAGUAGUGAGACUUGUGUUCCACUGUUCAGUAAAGAUUGCAAAAACAUAUACUGUCCUAUGACCAGUGGCCCAAAGAUUAAAUACUAGUCUAGAGGCAAUAUCUUCCAUUCUAGGACUAAUGGACUGUGGCUGAAUUCAAGCACUGGUUGUAUUGUUUUCCAUGUCUGAUGCUUCAUAUCAAGUCUUCAGAGUGAAUUUUUAAGAUCUCAGCUCAUCACAUAGGUGAUUGAAUAGCACUGGAACCCUUUAAAGCAACUGACAAAGUGCACCAAUUGUCAACAAACUUGUAAUGAGCAGUUUUGCUCUACUUGAAUCAAUAUGAAUGAUUGCUGGUACAUUAUCAUUGCUUUUACUUCCAGGACAUUCUGCACACAAUCUUCAGUAAACAAGGCCAGGUAUUAAGGAUUGUCAUUUUCAGGAAGAGUGGUUUGCAGGCCAUGGUUGAGUAUCCUUUGCUAAAAUCAAGUUCUUCUACUUGCAUGUAUUCCAGUGGAAAGUAUGCAUGCAAGUUUAUUGGAAGGGGUGUCACAACCUGUUCCAAUCAGUAGAGAUUUUUCCAUUUCCACAUGGAAGGUUACAUUUUCUUCCCAUUUGAAAAACACUUGAUCAGGCUUAACUGUAAAAAUUCUUUUAACCUUUGACUCCUGAGAGUGACUGGCAUCUAAAUUCCUCAUACAAUAUCAACCACCAAUGACAUAAUUAUUAAGGUUACAAGAAUAAAAGAAAGAUCACCAACUAAAGAAACUCUUGAUUGUUCAACAAAUUCUCCUUAUCAGCACCUUUUCUACUGCAUGUGAGGAACUUCACUCACUGGACAUGUGUAUGCAGGUAAUCCCAUGGUAUUACAUGUGCUUUAGGCACAUGCCUGUAUCACCCAUGAAUCAAACAUUAAAUUCAUUAGGAAAAAGAAGUUAUUGCAAACUCAAGAAGCUCUUGGUUUCUAAACAAAUUUUCCUUGUAAGUGCCAUAGAAAAUGUAUAGAGAACAGUUUGGGAGAAUAUACUUACUCAUGUUAGGGUGUAAAGGGUUAAUGAUUUUAGUUGAAUUCCUUGACAAUGAUUGAACACCAGAUUUGCUACUGUGGACCAAGCCCAACAGGCUAAAGAUGUUUUAAACAGUGCUGAUAUUUACACUGGCUGUAACACACUGAAAAUAGAAUACUCAAGGGUAAAUCUGAUAAAUAUGAUAUGUUAAUAGUGUCCUUUUGGUCUAGUGACCAGUACAUGUAUAUGCAACAGUAAACAGAUUUUUGGAACAGCGCAUGAUAAUGAUGAUGACAUUGACUGAUAAUGAUGAUGACAAUGUUGUCAAGGACAAUUACAAGGACUAUGAUGAUGACGCUGAUAAACUGUAAUGACAUUGACAUUGACAGGGAUGAGAAUUAUAAUAUUAAGGAUGAUGACAAUGGUAAUGAUAGAGAAAGAUGUCUUUUGUCUUUUUAAGAGGGUGGAACAAGAAAAAAGUUUGAGUCCCCAUGAGCUCAAAACUUAUUAUCUCUCUUAUUCUAUUUACAAACAUGACACUGUUGACAUUUUGAUCCUAGCAGUAUGCAAGGCGUGUGUCAUAUGAACUUUGUAACAGGCCUUGCUCCCAUAGAGUCUCUGUGGCUUAAUGGUAAAGCAUUGGAGCAUGGAAUCUGAUGGUCUGAGGUUCAAUUUCUCAUAGGGACUCAGAGUUUUUCUUUAUCCCAUGCUUGUGACAAGAUGAAAAAAGCAUCUUUCUCUAUUUCUUUACCGAGCUCAAAACUAACCAUCUCUCUUAUUUUUUUUUACAAAAAUAAUAAUGAUGAUUACAAUGAUAUGAUCAUGUUAAUUACAAUGAUAAUGCUGACAAGGACAAAUGACAAUGGCUAUGACAAGGACAAUUACAGGGAUCCAUGAGGACAAUAUUAAUAAUGAUGAAGACAACAAUAGUGACACCAGAGAUGGUGACUAUUACCACAGCAAUAGAGCCAACAAUGUUUAUUUAAAAAUGCAUAAUGAGUAAUUAGUAAAUAAAAAAUACUGCCACCAGAACAUAUUAGGAAGGGAUAUUAUGCACCAAGAUGUUUGAUUUUUAAAAAAUAAGUGUUAUUCUAGUUAUACUCUACAUGUAACCUUGAUUACGCACUGCGACAUUUUCUCUGCUAGUUUUACUGUACAUAAAGCUUGAAUAGUAAUUGUGUAGUAAAAAGUAAUGAAAGUUUUUUUUAGGCUACAUCACUGAAUGUGUACAAGAAUGAUGAAGAAACAUUUGACUAUACUGAAGACAAAGCACAUGGUGGGUUGAUAAUUUGAUCUUUGUUGUCCAUAAUUGUCACAAAGAUAUGUAAACAUCAAAUGGGAAGAAAGACAUUCAAUAGUGCAAAGCAGAAUUAAGAACUACAAAGAUCUUUGUUGUUAAAUUGCCAAAAAUAGUAUAUGAAUGUGCAUGUACUACAGAAUACCAAUGCAAAAUUUAUUGACACUAUUGGACAAAAAGAUUAUUGCACAAACUGUGUACUGUUAGUCAUUUUCUGCGGUGACAAUGGGAGUUUCAGUUUUGCAUCUACCUUUGAUAUUUUAUUGUUUUGUUUCCUGUACUGAAUUGUCAACUAUUGAAACUAUUUUUUUUUUGUGAUGCUUUUUAGAACCCUGUGUAUUUUACGUAACCAAUUGUUUUGUUAAUAAGAAGUUAGAAAUGGUGAAAUGACUUGAUAUUUCUCAUUAGCUCAGGGCAACAGGCUAUAUGAGUUCUAUGGGUCUCAAGCCCAGGGUGUUACGAUUUUGCCAAAUAAUAAUCAUCACUUAGUUAUUUUAUUGCAGCUUCACUACCCCAACCCCUGGGGCAUUCCAAUCUUGCCUAAUUUUUUUUUAAUCAUAGAUUUCAAAGGUUUCUGGAUAAUCCCAAGCCCAGAGCAUUUAAUUUUGCCAAAUAGAAACAUCAUUGCUUAUUUUUAUUGUAGAUUUGAAGGUGUCUUGACUAUAAUGUUUAUUUGGCAAAAAGUACUAAUAUUCUUGGUUUCAAAGCUUACAACAAGCCCCACUGCGCUUUAAAUCAGUCCAUCUCUCCAUACAUGUACAUCCCAAUCUUAGUUUUAGUUUGAGAUGCAGUUGAGGGCUGAUGACAGCCACAAGGGUUUUAAGUAAGUUCCUGAAGGUACAUGUACUGAUUUUGGCCUUUUUGCAUGUUUCUUUUUUUUAUAUCAAUGCAUGCAAAUAGUUGUUUUGGUCAUUUUACACCAUAUAUUCUUGUGCACAAGACAUUUCAAGAAAAAAAAAUCCCUUCUGCACAACCUUAGCAGGAUUCAAUUAUACUUAAUUAUAUUUACGUAUAUUUAUCUUUUAAAUUCAUUUACAUGUUUGCCGUAAUGAUGCGAGUUAGCGCCCAGGACGCUUAUUUACUUUAAGUACCUUAAGGGAAGGUGCUUUUUCGAGACAGGGCACUUAUUAGGGACAGGGCGUUUAUUCCCUUUUUGAGACACGGCAGAUUGUGAAACAAAGCUUUGAUGUUCAGGUGACUGAGAAUCAAAGAGACUGGAAAACGGACUUGUUGUCUGUGGAUCCUUCUUUGCUAGAACGACUAGCCAAGCAACUGUCGCAAAAUGUUAAGACAGGAUCUUUUGUUUGAAGGAACUGUGCUCUCACGGAAACAUGAUAGUUGAGAGACUAAGACGAAGAUCAAUUUUUUGGUCAUGAGGCUGUAAGUGAGCAAUUAAAGGAAAGUGGACCUUGGUUGAAUUCAAUUUACGUGUACUAUUUUUUUAGUGCUGCUACUGACACAGAAAAGGGGCACUUAUUGGAAUGAGGGUGCUUACUCAACAAGGGCGCUUAUUUGGUAGGGGCGUCUUUUAACAGAAACAUUUGAAGGGGGCCGCAUAUCAGAGAGGGGGCACUUAUUGGAAGGAGGGCGUUAAAUCGAAUCAUUACGGUACUACAUAGAUUUACCGAGAAUAUUCUUGGUGUCAUGUACUUUAAAUUAAUAUUUUGAUUUAUUUGCACAACGCUAACAUGCAGAACCUUUUUAAUACAUUUGUACACGCUGGGUGUCCUUUGUCUCCGUUCUGCUUCCACAAUUCAUGAUCAAUAACUCGCAUGUGUGACCAAGAGAGAAUUUCUCCUUACAAUACCAUUACAAUAUCAAGCAGACAAGUGACGAGAAUUAAGGAAACUAUCAAUAAGGGUAUUGUUAGUGGAUCCAAAACCAAAUUCUCCCGAGAAACAUCAAACGAAUGGUAUGGCAGACAGUAAGGAGAAUUACCGGUACAAAUAAGAUCUUAGGAGCAAAAGAGUUAAUGGAGAUUGUUCACAAACAAGCUGCAUUUAUCGUUUUGUCCUCUUUUGUUCGAACGUUUUUUGAUUUGCUCUGCUUAUGCCUGUGAUAGAACUAUUUCUGACAUUCCUGCUUGUAUGUAACAUUUCACGGAAAAGAAGACUUGUUAGAUCAUUCCUUUAGUGAAGAAUUGUUCAGGUUCAGCCUUUGUCCUCUGUGAUUUCCUUGAAAUAUCUGGGGUCAAAAACUAAGUCGAAAAACUGGUUUUACCACCAAAAAUAACAGAUCCCAAUUUGGAAUAUCUGUCGUACAUAUCCGGUGGACAAACUUUGUUCCUAUGUUUUUUUUUUUUAAAUUUUUGUGGAGUGUAUGACAAGCUGUACAUGAAUUUAUCACUAUUAUGGUUCAAAAUGUAUUUGCAUUCUUCAUUGACUAUUGUGUUGCAAAUAACAAAACAAAACUUUUCAUAAAUACACACACAUAUAUACAAAUGAUUUGAAGGAUUUUUUUUUUUUAUUAUAAAAAUUUUUUUUUCUUGAUUUGAAGAAUAUUUUCCAGAUCAAUAGGAAAAAAUGAGACACUUGUGGUAAAUGUACAUAUGACUACACUUGAGACUUCAAUGUGUCAUUAAUUUUAUCAGGAAAAAUGCUAUAGUCUUCCACUUCCCAGCUAGUAUCUCCCUCUUAGGGGCACUGGGAAAGGCUGGUUUUCAACUGUCGAAAAGCCCCUUUCUGUCGGGGAUGCAAACUGCUCUUCGACUUCCUUAGAUUAUUUUUCUGAUAAAAAUUUGAAAUCAUAGAAAUCCGUAUCAUUGAGGUUAAAACGCGUGCAGGUUUUUUUAUUUUCUCGAUAUUCCACCGAGUUUUACGUUAUUCCAUCGGCAACAUCUGAAUCUCUGUUCGUCAAAUGGUUUUCCGACAUUUGAAAACUAGCCCCUAUUUUGCGCACCAUGUAGUAAAUAAGUAAGUUUGUUUUCUAUUUGUGUUUAAUCCAUUUGUUGUUUUCCAGGUGCUGUUGGAGUGAGACCGCCUAUGAAAGAAGGUCUACUCAGUCGCCCCCCAGGCGGGCCAUAUCCUGGCCGAGGGGGAAUGGUGAUGCGCGGGCCCAGGCCUUUGCUACAGCAGUCACCUAUGGCAGGAGGUUGUGUUCUGAUGGUGUAUGGACUACAUCAGCACAAGAUGAACUGCGACAGAGUUUUCAAUAUUCUUUGUUGCUAUGGAAAUGUCCUCAAGGUACCUUUAAAUGUUCGCUCAAGAGGCAUUGUAAGCUUUAACACUUUCACUCCCAAGAUCUGAUCGUUGUUAAUUCUCCCCUCUAGCUGCUACACGUUUCCUUGUUAACUAGUUAUAAGAAUUUAGUGUUAGAUCAAGAUAACAAUUUCUGCCUGAUAAAUUUGAAUACUCUCGUUACCUGCUUGCUGGAUAAUGUGUGGAUGUCUUAAGAGGAAGGUACAUGUUAAUAACUUCUGGGAGUUAAAGGGUUAACUUUUGUUCUGGGUUUAGUUGUUCAAUGCAUGGUUCUGUUUGGCUGCCAUUUCUUAACUCAUAAAACUUUUGACAAACUGAAUUUGUCUGGGAUGCGUGCAGUAAUUUGCAGGUCGAAAUAACGGCUUGUUUCCCCUUGUUUCAUUCUCCAACGCGAAAUCUCCAAUCAGCAGAACAGCUGUAAAUGACCGUAAGAAGGCGAAACCCAAAUAAGAGAGCCUGCUUGCUGGCCAAACAGACAACGUUGGGAGGUUUUUUGAGCAGCGGUAGACCAUCGUUAAACGACUUUGAGUGAAACCCAGCGGGUGGUCCUGUGUGGCGAUAGAGAGAGAAAUGUAGCACGUUAAAUGACUUAAAGAGAAAAGCCAGGGUUACAAGACUGUUGUGAUUGAAAAAAUUUGAUGUUUCAGGUGAAGUUCUUGAUGAAUAAGCCUGGAGCAGCCAUGGUGGAGUUGAGUGACCACGUGGCCUGUAACACUGUCAUUCAGUGUCUGAGGAACCAGCAACUGUUCGGUGAACAGUUAGAGUUCAGGUCAGUUCCCGCGCUUUGUGCAGUUUGGUUGUUUUUAGUUUUCAUUUUUAUUUCACAUUGGCUCUUAAAGUUAUUUUACUUUCUUCUGAUUUCCCAUUGUUAUUACUUUGGUUUUGGUUUUACGUCACCCGAUUAAAAGGCGCUCUAAUGAGAUAGGCGCGAGUCAAUUAGAACUAAAGUAAACAGGUGUGAACGGCCCUUUGCGCGGGAAAACGCUUGCUACCAAAUCGCUGGUAGUCUCAGUUUGCAUCUGAUUGGUUGAGAAAGUGGUGCGAGAACUUAGGAGCGUUUACUAAGCCCAGUGAAGCAGAACCAAUUUAAUAUUUUAUUGCUUUUCACACAAAACUUAAAAUUUCACGAAAUGGUUUAUUUUCAUUGCAGUUUUUCCAAGCAAAAGUACCUUGUAGAUGCGUCGACUGUCUCAGAUUUGCCAGACGGAACUCCAUGUUACAAGACUUACACAAAUUCCAAGAAUCAAAGGUUUUGGACACCGGAACAAAGCAGCAAGAAUCGUAUCCUUUAUUUAUUUAUUUUUAACACUUUUAGGAUGUAGAAAUAUAUCGAGGUCGUUGAUCAGUAGUAUUGCAGAGCGUAAACAAUAAGAACGGCAACGUGGAGGGAUAUGUCGAUCAAAAAGUGGAUUUUUCUUUUAAGAAAUUCCCAAGGGCAAGUUGUGUUUGCUUUCUCAACGGCGCUAGAACUCGACUUCAGCAUAACAAUCGCUAUUAUUACGCUAAUGUUAUGGGGCAGUCCCGCUGAACAAUUUUUUGGGAUGCACCACCGACGCAGCGCUACAGUUUCUUUAGAAACUUACCCUCUUUGUUCACUUCGCUUUAAGAUUAUCAUUUAACCAGAACCCUAUGGUGUCAGCAGCUUUAUUCCUUUGCCUUAUUUUUUCGUAGCCGUUCUUUACACUUAAGUUUGGUUUUGUGAUUUGUCUUUGACUUAGUGACAGGUAUAUUUUCUCCAACGAAAGUAUUACACUUUUUUAAUGCCCCGCCAGACUUUGAAACAGAAAAAGUGACAGAGGUAAGCUCUUUUGUAUUAGGUUCGACUCAAAUUGAGAGUAUUUGGAGGGCACACGCUCGAAGGUUCAGAUUGAGUAUUGAUUCAUCACCAUAGUAUCCCACAUGUUCCACAUGAUGGACUUCCUUUUGGAAUGAAAGAAUGUUAGUUAAGUAUUUAAAUAAACGAAGAAAAUCACCAAUUUCUUCUUCAUGCUUUUCUAGAUGUGUUCAAAUUGUGGCGUGGAGCCGCCCGUUGCUGUUAAAGUCUUUCCAAAUGGUAUGUCUCUAUUUUAGACUUUCCUUGCCACAACAAAAAAUAUGCUUUCAUGUUAAGGAGUCACUUCGUAAGGGGUUUGGUGUAGGUCACUCUACCUCAGUUGUGUCGACGAUUUCAGAUGAUUCAGUUCUCUUUAUUCGAGAUGUUCGUACUAUCGCUUAACACGGGCGAUGUAAUGAAGAUCUGUGCGUUCGCUGAUAUGAAGCUGUUCAAAUCGUGAGGCGGAGCAGAAAAAUAUGAAGAAAAGAAAAAAUUUCUGAGCCGAUGUUCACAUGCAAUUGUACCUUUUUGUUUAUUCGCAGCCUCGCGGUCAGCGGCAGGUCUGUUAGAAUGGAACAGCCCGUCCCAGGCCCUUGAGGCACUGGCAGCGUGCAAUCAUUACGUGAUUCGUGAUCCAGGUACAGUAUGUUCGUGCCUGUCAAGCUUGUGUGCAUAACAUUUUCUUCGUUCGUGACGAACGCUUCUUUUUUUUUUCAUUCUUUAUUUUGCUCUAAAUUUUCAGAUCUAAUCCUUUUUUUCGCUUUUCAGCUGCAAAAACCAUCUUCACAGUUAAACUUGCCUUCUCGUCCAUGUCCAGCGCCCAGUGAGAGAAAAGUCAAAAGCGACCUGUCCCUCCCCUGACGUAUUGUUAUAAGCGACCCUGUCGGAGGGUGGGAAAGUAACCUAUUUAGGAUCCUAGCAAGAAAAGAUACAGACUUUCAUCUAAAAGAAAACGAAAAAUUGAGAUUUAUUUUGGAGUCAUUAUUGUCCAAGUAUUUUAGGAAAAAAGUUAAAACUAUUACCAUGUUAUUUGAAGUAGAUGUGUUUGUUUAUUUUUUAAGAGUUUAUUUGCUACUUGGUAGUAUUAGAUGGAAGAUUAGUCCUUAUAUCCCAUAGAGAGUUCACGAUGUUUUUUGUAAAAUUGUUCAUUCUAGUAAAGAGAAGCGUGCGCUUUAAUUUGGUAGAGACCAUGUCAUUCUGCAAAGCUGAAACGCUGUGACAGGUCUAUGUGACAAACUGCAAAAUGAAUUUUUUUCUUCCCAAAGCAAGAAGCAGCGACGUUUUUGCAGUCGGGAUCAUCGUACACAAAUUCGUGCGACUUAUUGCGUUGACAAUUGAUGUCGCAGUGACAGGUUUUUUACAAAAUUUUUCAUGUCACACCUUGCGAAUUGACGCUGAGACUUUUUCCCUCCUAUUGUCGCAACAACCGGUCGCUUACUACCUGAUUACUAAUAUGUAGGCCCUAAUUUGCAAUCCGGCUGCCUUGUUUUUUUUUUAUUUUUUUAUUUUUUCUAAAGGUAAGGGAUAGAAAUGAACACACACAAAAAAUGACUAUGCUCAGAAAAUGAAUUUUCUUUGAUUGUCAUGUGACUGUAUAUUUCCUAGGUUACGUGGAUGUUUUUGCGCAGGCUCAUUUCCAGACAGCAGCUGGUAAUCGAGUCUAACCCCCCAUAUUUCGUCACUUGGGAGUUACUAGACGACAUUCACUUUGUCAUUAGAGAAAAUUUAUAAAAUAUUUUGAUUUAACUCUCAAAUUCACGUAUAGCUUUUGUAACGGAAAUUGUGUUAUAUCGGCUAUUUACGCAACCCUCUUACCGCUGUUGAAACGGUAACCUCGUCAAAUAAAACGACUUAGUUGAACAGGUCAUUAUAUCACCAUGAUUCUUGUGUGGGCAGUAAUCCGUGCAAAACAUAGUGAUUUCUCAUUGCGGAGCAUUCGUUCACGCUUUAGAAGGAGUGAAUAAAAUGCCAACGUUCUACUUACAAAGCCCAACUUUUAUAAUAAUUUGACUUUAACCCUUUAUCAGCCAGAAGUGAUUAACAUGUAACUUCUUCCUAAAAUAUCCGUACCUUACAGGACAAGCAAGUAAUAAGAAUAAGCAAACUAAUCAGGAAGUUGUUAUCUUGAUCUAACUCCAAAUUCUCAUAACUAGUUUACAAGGAAACGCGCAGUAGCAAGAGGGA